CAGGAAGAGAAAUAGUGAUUGGAAAGCAGCAAUCAGCACGUCUUUAAGUUUUCGUGGUUAUUGUUGCUGGUAAAGGGUAAUGGACCUGAGUUAAAAAUAAACAUUUUGAAGUAGUGUAAAGUCAAAGUAAGACUAAAUACGCGUUAAAUAGCAAACAACGAGGAAUAGAAUCUUGGCAUGAUGAGAGUAGUGUAACGUGCCCGUAACUGUGUUAGUGGGGCGAUCGCUUAGGAACCACAGAAGACCCAACACAGUAGCAGCUGCACUUAAGACACCCUGAAACACACCAAGUCACGUCCGAUGACAGGCUUUUGACCUUUGACCUCUGAGUGUCACCUGGCGGCCCGAGCGAUAGUGAAAAUGACCGGCGACCACCACAAUGACGGUGCCACCAACAACAGUCAGCAGCAGCAGCAGCAGCUGAGAGCCAGGAGCCCAGACAUGGACGCGCAGAAGUACGCUGCGAGUAUUUUACUUCCGGACACAGACGUCGUCUUCAGGAACAUCAAAAAUGCCAAGAGGUUCGCCAUCGACAUCGGAGGAUCUUUGACAAAGAUAGCUUACUAUUCAACAGUUUCACAUCGAAAAGUUUUGUACGACUCGGAGAAGGAGGGAACUUCAUCUGGUGAUGGUUGUGAGUAUCAGUAUGAGAGUUCGGAGAUUGAAAGGCUACAUUUUGUCAAGUUUGAGACAAAAUACAUUGAAAAUUGCCUUGAUUUCAUCCGUGAUCACUUAGUUUCCAGUAAAGAUUCAGUGAUUGGCAAAAGUAUUAAGGCCACAGGUGGUGGGGCUUACAAAUAUGCAGAGUUAAUCCAGAAGAAGCUUGGAUUGAUGGUAGAAAAGGAAGAUGAAAUUGGUUGUUUGAUUAAAGGAUGCAAUUUUCUAUUAAGAAAUAUCACAGAUGAGCAGUUUUCCUACUGUAGGCAUGAAGAUCCAGAGUACCACUUCAUCAACUCUGAUCCCAAUAUUUUUCCCUAUCUUUUGGUUAACAUUGGUUCUGGAGUCAGCAUAAUGAAGGUUGAGGCAGAUAACAAAUAUGAAAGAAUUGGUGGAACCAGCAUGGGUGGCGGAACAUUUUGGGGCCUCGGAUCUCUACUUACGUCCGCAAAAGGUUUUGAUGAAUUGCUGCAGCUAGCAAGUGAGGGAGAUCACCGCAAUGUAGACUUGCUAGUUAAGGACAUUUAUGGUGGUGACUACAGUGCUUUAGGAUUGACAGGUGAUAUUAUAGCAUCUAGCUUUGGGAAGGCAAUGCAUAGCAGUCACAUGAAAGCAGAUGGAAGUAAAGGCUUUUCUGAGGCUGAUAUUGCAAGAAGUUUACUAUUCACUGUUAGUAAUGAUAUUGGACAGAUUGCAUCAUUAUAUGCUAUGCUUCAUGGCCUUAAAAAGGUUUAUUUUGGUGGUUACUUCUUAAGGAAUCAUCCUGUUAGUAUGCACACCAUUAGCUUUGCCAUAAAGUACUGGAGUCGCGGUGGUGUUCAAGCUCUCUUUUUGAGGCAUGAAGGUUACCUAGGCGCAAUUGGAGCCUUUUUGCGAGGAGCAGAAGAAUGUGAUCCAGAAAACUAUUCUUGGAGUGAAAAUUAUGCUGGGUCGUCUGGCUUGCAAUCCCCACUACCACGUCCCCAUGAAGUAGGGUGGCCUGGAGGUACUAUUGACCAGUUGGAGAUAGACAGAUAUGACCAGCAAUUAACUUUCUUCCCAUUUUUGGCAAACCCUAAGGAAUAUAUACCAGAUGCUGUAGAUUUAACAAAAGACAAGGAAGCCAGGGAAUACUGGUUAUCCUGUUUUGAAGGUUCCUUAAGUAGCUUUGUAAAUCGUGCUAUUUCCUCUCAGCCAAAUAGUCCUGAUGGUGUUGAGAGAGCAAAUAAAUUUAGAGACAAGUAUAUACAACGGCUCCACAACCUGAAAAAUCAUCCUUUUGCCUAUGGAAAUCUCACAGUGAGAAGUUUAUUGGAUAUGAGGGAGCAUUGUCUUAUCGAAUUUGACUUCCCAGACCCAUACCUACAACAAAAAAAGUUGGAAAAUGAAAAUGCCCUGAAAUUAUUAGGUGACCACCUCAAGUUUUUGGACACGUUAGAGCAUGAUAAACGACAAGAGGUCCUUGUGCGAGGUGUUCUGGCUGGCAAUGUUUUUGACUGGGGAGCCAAGGAGGUUGUUAAGUUAAUGGAAGAUGGUCUAGGGUUUAAAGAAGCAGCUGACAAGCUCCAAGCACGACCUUGGCUUCACGAUGACCUAGAUGCAUGGAUUAAACGACAAAAUUGUUCUUCACAUAAGUGUGCAGCAAUUUUUAUAGAUAAUUCUGGCUGUGAUGUUGUCCUAGGAAUAAUACCAUUUGCACGGGAACUUCUUGUAAGAGGUACAAGGGUUGUAUUAUGUGCCAAUAGCAAACCAGCACUUAAUGAUGUAACAGCAGAGGAGCUGAAUGUGCUUUUAAAACAAGUUGCAGUCAUAUGUCCUGUUAUCAAAAAGCACUUACAAGUUGGUACAUUGUGCAUCAGAGAGUCAGGGCAAGCUUCACCUUGUCUUGAUCUUAGCCGACUUCCGCUUUCACUAGCAGAAGACUUGUGCAAAUGGAGCUGUGAUUUAGUUGUAGUUGAAGGUAUGGGAAGAGCAGUCCACACUAAUUUAGCGGCCAAACUUACCUGUGAUUCUUUGAAGUUAGCUGUGAUCAAGAAUAGAUGGUUAGCGCAAAGAUUGGGUGGUGAUAUGUUUUCCGUCAUGUGUAAAUAUGAAGCAGCUGAUAACCGUUUAGAAGAUACUUCUGAAGCAGCACCAUCAGCAUCAAGCAACUCCAGCUUAUAGUACAUAAGUAAAGGCUUAUGUUUUACAGAUUAUGAAAUGAAACCUUGUUAAAGCCAUUUUUAUAAAUAUACUGUAAAUGGUAUGGAUUUAUAGUUAAACAAAUUUAAUUGCCUCAUACAUAUAUACUACAUACAUUAUUAAGGAUUGGUAAAUUUUAAUCAAGUGGGUAUAAUUUAAAUUAUUAUUUAUGCACUGUUGCAAUCAUGAAAAUGUGAAAGUUACCUUUGGAAUCAUGAGAAUGUUUUUUUAGUGAUCGUGAAAAAUUAUUUAACCCUUUCAUUGGAUCUUGAGAAUCUUAUUAACCUUAUCAUAUAAUUUGGGUUAAUAGUUUAGAAAUUGUUAAAAGUGUAGUGCAUCUUAGUGGUAUGGUUUUAUUCUGCCCAUGACUCUUUUGCAUGUCUUGUAGGAUUUUUUUUUCUUUUUAACUUUCCACACCCAUAUUCUUACUCUUCGUUUAUCCUUUUCAUGGGAACAUUUUAAAAAAUAAAUAAGUAAAUCCUCAUUUUAAAUUGUUUGCCCCUUUGGAACUUGAAAGAAAAUCAAACAUUAGAUAUACUCAGGAAAUAUUGAAGUUUGUACUACUUGCUAUAUCACAGUGAAAGGGUUAAAGAACUUUUUAUUCCUCAGCUCUUAAUUGUAACAUAUUGUAUAUUUGUAAUUAUUUACCAUCAGGUUAAUGUGAAAUGAAAUGUCUGUCUGUUUUAUAGAAUCUGAUUAUACUGUAAUAAGACUUGAAUGUUACAAAAGUACAUUGUAUAUUCUUAGUUUGAUUGUAUAUUUUCAUGAGAAAAAGUUUAUUUUCUUAAAGGCUUUGGAAGAAUGUUAAAAUGGCAAGUUAAAUUAAAAAGCAAUAACAUGGUUAUUUGUUUAGAUUGGU